AAAACAAAAAACCCGAAAAGCUGAAUUCUAGAAUCAUGAAACCAAUGAGGAAGCGGGACCCACACACCGGAAAAGUGAGCGACGAGUGGCUGGAUGAGCCGAGAUGACUAGGAAUCGGAAUCCACGUGUCAAUCGUAUGGCUAUAAUACGCUCCCCAAGCUGAGUCUUCACUCCAUACGUUUCCUUUCCUUCUCUCCUCGGAGACCGCCUCCUCAGUCCUAAUCUGAAUAUCUAUACGUGUGUGUAUAUAUAUAGAUAUAUUUUUUUUCCCUUUCCACUUCUGUUAUCGGAUUAAAUUUCGAGUCUUCAGUCCCUUUAAAGGCUUAAUUGAGUUGGAUAGGACUCCUUCGGCUUGGCUUUGUUGGACGUUCCGAGCAACCUCGCUAUUGAAAACAUAAAUAUAAUUAUAUCGUGUGUGCGCAUUGGUAUCUUGAAGGCAGUCAGGUUAUAACGUUUUAAGGUUCAAACAGGAGGAUUAUAACCUUAUUCAUAAUUCCAGCAAGGUUAUUAUGAUCACAAUGGAAGUAAAAGGCAUAACUUGGGUUGGGAAUAUAUACCAGAAGUUUGAAAAUAUGUGCCUGGAAGCGGAAGAAAUGAUAUAUGAGGACACCAUUAAGUACCUAGAGAAUCAGGUGCAGACUGUUGGGGAAAGUGUUAAAAAAUUCUAUGCAGACGUCAUGCAAGAUUUGCUGCCCCCUUGUGAUUUGGAUGAAAGAGUAGUGUCUGAUUUUCCUAUAGAUGAAGGCACUAAUGUUGAGGUCCAUAAGAAGUCAAUUAUGGGUCCCAAAGAAAGACCUUCAAAGGUUGAUAUCAAGCAUGUAAGGAAGGAUUUAAGGAUCAAUCAUGUUAUUGAUAAAGAUGUCACCUGCGCUACAUCAUACGAAAAAUCUUGUGACACUGAUGUUUUAUUGACAUCAGCUCCUGGCAACUCUUUCAAAGCGAACAACUUCCAUUCACGUGCAAGACAACGUGUUAGGAGUACAAAUAUCAGAUCAAACCUUGCUCUAACCAGGACAAUGGAUGGAAUCUCUUCAACUGAAACAGAAACAGAAACAUGCAGGCCGUUGUCCAGUAAAAUUUUAAGUGAAAAUCAUGAAGUGCCUUGUUGUCCUGCAGCCAGCAUUUCAAAUCAAUCUCCAGCUGAAGUAAAAAUGUCAGACUUGGUUUCCGAUUGUUGCAGUGAAAAUGAAAGUUCUGAAGAGAUCCCUGAUCUUCCAAUGUUUGAUCCUAAACCUGCUGAAGGAAAAGAGAUGAAUGUGAGUCCUUCUUCCUCCGGUGUCCAGUCUGGAGAACUAAAUGAUGGGUGGAAUUUCGAUAUUGAUGUUAUGAUAGAAAAGGACCCUGAAGCCAUGGAAAAAGGUGAUGAGCAGAAGCUUGAGCAGUCUUGUGUAAUGGUGAGUGGAGAUGAACUCAGAUUAAUCCCCAUGGCUGGAGAUCAUCUAAAGACUAACAAGAAAAAGAUGAGGCGAGUCUUUAGCUUAGGUAAGAAGUCUGGAAGGAAGCAAGAGUAUGAGCAGCUUGCAGUAUGGCAUGGGAACAGAGGCAAAGGCAAAGGAGAGUGUGUGGAGGUUUCAGAUGCAGCUUCUGCAGAGGAGAAUCAUAAGAAACCAAUUCUUCCAAAUAUCACUGAAUUUGAGUGGGAGGUUCUUUAAGCAUCACUGUGACAAAGUCAUGCAUGCACAUAUAUUUCCACUAAUGCAGUACUUUUACAUCCACUCCUCGCUUAGUCCUGGUAGAGCUGUGAUGGGUUCAAUGUUUGUUUAUAUCUAUGCUGCCUCUAAACGGCUCUCCAGCCACGCUUCCUUUUCUUUUAUUUUGCUUUCUUAAGAAGGGAAAGUAAGAGAAGGGAAGCCUUAAUUUGGCCAUUUUAUGAGAACAUCCAAAGAGGAGUUCCAUCUACCCAUUAUAUAACAUUUAAAUGAUGAAAUGCAAUUUAUGUAUCUACGUUCUCUGUC